GGGUUUUAAAAUAAAUUUCUCUCUGGGGGCAGAGAGCCAUUUUGUGCUUCAAGAGAAGAGAAGGAUCAGAGAGAGUGAGACUGCAGUAGCAUUGAGAGCUGAGACUGGUGGUGGUGGUCUGGGCCUGCCUGCCUGCCUGGCCUACUGUUAAGUCCCAGUGCCUGCUCAGCACAAGAGUGCCUCUGGCAGACCAGCAGAAGACAUCAGAAGGAGUCAGUUGCAGGCCAGGAGAUGGAGCCGAUCCAGUUUUGGGCAAGGUGUCACCAAGUCUGUCCAGGCUUGGCGGUGGAUGCCAGAUGGUUCCAUACAUGCCAACCAGAAUGCAGAGAGAGACAGUGUUCCAGGGAUGUGGUGACACCCGAUCGUGCAUGCAUGGAUGCUGACUUGGUGGAGUGGCUGGUCCUUCCCUGGAUCAGGCCCAAGGCCCAUCUAGUCCAACAUCCUGUUUCACACAGUGGCCCACCAGAUGCCUCUGGGGAGCCCACAGGCAAGAGUUCAACGGGAUGCCAGGAGGUGACAUGGCAAAGCCGCUCCUAGGCCAUCAAAAUGGGAAGAGUGGCCCAAAUCCUGUCCCAACUGCUGGAAGCAGGACAAUCGGAAUUCUGGGAAGCGGUGACUUUGCUCGCUCCCUGUCUAUGCGUCUGGUGUGCUCAGGUUUCAAGGUGGUGGUUGGAAGCCGAAACCCAAAGCGGAAUGCUAGCCUCUUCCCCGCAGCAGCUGAAGUAACUGUCCAGGCAGACGCCAUAAAGAAGACAGAUAUUAUCUUUGUGGCCGUUUUCAGAGAACAUUACACCACACUCUGUGACCUAAGUGAUGAGCUGUCGGGCAAAAUACUGGUGGAUGUUAGCAACAAUGCUGAAAUAAACCAUCACAAAGAAUCCAAUGCCGAGUACUUGGCAUCACUUUUCCCAACAUGCACUGUUGUCAAAGGAUUUAACGUCAUAUCAGCAUGGACAUUACAGUCAGGCCCUAGAGAUGGCAAUAAACAGGUCUUGAUUUGCUGUGACAACCAAGAAGCAAAACAUGCUGUUGCAGAAAUUGCUCGCAUGCUGGGGUUCACCCCCCUGGACAUGGGCUCCUUGUCCUCAGCUCGUGAAAUAGAGAAUAUUCCCCUGCGUCUCCUCCCUGCCUGGAAGAUCCCUGUCUUCUUGGCCCUGGGUCUCUUCCUCUGCUUCUACACCUAUAACUUCAUCCGGCAGGUUUUGCACCCUUACAUUCAGGACCAAAAGAACAAGUUCUAUAAGAUGCCCAUAGAGGUCGUCAACACCACCCUGCCUUGUGUUGCCUAUGUCAUGCUGUCCCUCGUGUACCUGCCUGGAGUGCUCGCAGCCAUCUUCCAGCUCUACAACUGCACAAAGUACAAGCGCUUCCCUGAUUGGCUCGACCAGUGGCUUCAGCACAGGAAGCAGAUAGGCCUGCUGAGUUUCUUCUGUGCAGCCUUGCAUGCUGUGUACAGUUUGUGCCUACCUAUGCGGCGGUCCCAUCGCUACCUGCUACUUAAUGAAGCCAUGCAGCUUGAGAACAAAGGAAAUGCCUGGAUAGAAGAGGAAGUCUGGAGGAUGGAGAUUUACAUCUCGUUCGGCAUCAUGGCCCUGGGCUUGCUCUCUUUACUUGCCAUAACUUCGCUUCCUUCCAUCUCCAACUCUCUCAACUGGAGAGAAUUCAGUUUCAUUCAGUCCUCCCUUGGAUUUGUUGCUCUGGUGAUCAGUACUCUCCACACCUUGACUUAUGGCUGGACCAGGGCCUUUGAAGAAAAGCAGUACAAGUUCUACCUGCCUCCCACCUUUACCCUCACACUGCUGGUACCGUGUGCAGUAAUCCUAGCUAAACUCUUCUUCUGUCUCCCUUGUAUGAACCAAAGACUGCGGCGGAUCAGGAAUGGGUGGGAAAAAGGCAGGUAUGUUAAGUUCACCCUACCCAGAGCAACAGGGGAAUUUUCAAGUGACGAAAGCACCAGCACUGUGUGACACAGCACCUUUUUCCAUUACAAAUUUCAAAGAGCACUAUGAGAGAUGUGAUGUUGGUUUUUUAAAUAGGUUUUUAAAAAAGCUUUUAAAGUUUGGUAUCAAUGGACAGUGGUUGAUAAUUUUAUUUGGGAUGUUUUAGGAAAAAAGGUUACUAGUGUAGUCAGUUUACACAUUAUUUAAUACACACUGGUAAUUCUCUCGGGUGGGGGGGGAGGGAUAAUUGCCUUAAAGUAUCAAUGUGAAACUUCAACUACACAUUCUACAGAUAUAUAGAAAAAUAAGAGUCAUUCUGUAGAUGAAAGAGCCACAUUUUUUUUAUCUGGAGCUGUUUUGACACCUGAUCAAUAUUUUCUUUAAAGCAGUUUUUCUGCUUAAAAACUGGCUCAUGUGUACAAGGAUUAUCAUUUUGGUUAACUACCAGACUGAUUAGGUUGUGAUCUUCAGCUAUUUUUCGAGUGGAUAAGUUACAUUGAUUUCAGUAACUUUAGCCCUGCUGACUGAGCAGAGACACCUUUCAAAGUGGUGGUUCUCUUAUACUGAGCAAGGAGAGAGCAACUGGUGUCUACCAUAUGUUUCUUUUUAGAUUGUGAGCCCUUUGGGGACAGGAAGGUAACCAUCUUAUUUAUGUAUUUAUUUUUCUAUGUAAACCGCUUUGAGAAUUUUGUUGAAGAGCGGGAUAUAAAUAUUCAUUGUAGUAGUAGAAUUUACCUGAAAACCAAAUUCCUAGUGCAAAAACAGCUCAACCUGGAGCAACAUGUUACAUUCACAUACAAAACACAUACACUAAACAAACAUUUUGUUGUAUACAUACAGAAUACUUAUAGACAGCAGCCACAUAUUCAUGCAAUGAAUUUAAGCAUUGUUACUCUAAUGAUGACUGCUUUCAUCCCUUUGAUAGCUCUAAUAAUUGCUUUUUAACAUGUCAACCAUUUACAUAAUAUGCACUUUCAGUUUGGCUCUCAUUAAGCUUAUUGCAUGUUUGCGGUCAGUUCAGGACAUGUGAACGGAGCAAGAAUUGGAAAGAAACCUCCAUUCCAAAGAGCAGAUAAUCACAAACUAGAGCUUAUCUACAAUUAGCUAUUCCAUGUUUGUGAAUCUUAAGUUUUGCUGACUUGCUGUGAGCAUUUUCUCCUGUGUUCCGCACUAUGGGCUUGUUCUUACAACCUGUGUGAUUGUAGUUAAAGGGUUAACUAUGAUCACUGAACCACACACAUUCCCCCAUAGCAUGAUGUUAGAACUCACACAGUAUUGGCGAUCAUAUAGUCCCAUCAUCACAAUUAACUAGAACUAAUCUGAUUUUAGCUGCUGAUCAUAGUUUAAUCCUCGAACCACAGUGGUAGAACUACAGUCACUGAUACAGCACAGGUUCUCAUCUCACGCUCUGUUGAAGCAUGUGUGGCUCGGACAUCGUAGUCAACCCUUUAACUACGAUCACACGGAUUGUAAAAAUGGCCCUGUAUAUAGCUCGUCUCCCCAUCAUUCUCUUCUCUCUUUCACGAACUAUUUCAGGUUGUAUGAAGAAAAGUCUUUACAUAUCCUAGAAUGGCUUGGAAAGAUUAGAGGGAGAGAUACAUACAAAAGUGUGUGAGCAAGAGAAAAUAGUAGCCCUCCCACCUCUUUCUAUGGUGCGUGCAUGUGUGUGCACAUGCUACUCCCACACCUCAUAUCUGAAGUUUUCAAGGCAGCACUAGGAAGUGAGGGUGAUGAGGAAUUAGCUGUAACUGAAGUGUUAGCAGACAACUAGGAAAGAGACAGGAUUUGGCUUACUUCCUGGUUUGUCUCACUGGCAGAAGUAGCUGCUGACAAGGAGCUUUAGGACUGUUGUACUUGGAGGACACUGAUCAAACAAGGCGCUAUAAUCCACAUCUGGCUGACUGUGGACUUUCACAAAUUAUUUGAUCAUUCAUCCAUUUACAUGUGACCAAAGGUCAUCCAUUUCCUAAGAUAUUAAGCCCUCCUUCAUGGAUGUAAUUCAACACCAAUUCUAUGGGUAUUAAAUCUUCAUUGGAUUUAUCUGCUACAUUUCUCCAAGUUCUCACACUGCUAUUAUGCCAAAACUCAGUGUGUUGCCUAAAGAAGCUAUUUCCAGAAGCAAAGUGCCCCACUUGAAGCACUGGGAAAGCGAUUCCACCAGCCAAGUAUACCUCUCAGCUCCAGGCCACUUAAAUACACAAUGGUCUGACAAGGGACAAAUCCAACAGCCUAAAACCAAUUAAAUGAUGAGUAGGAAGGACUUGGAAAAUCCAAUGAGGGAAGCUCAACUGCUGGAAUAAAGCUGAUUGUGGGGCAGCCUUCAUAGAGAUGAACCCUUGAGUGGCAAGUCAGCUGAACAGUUAUCAGAAACUGCUAUGGAUGAGUGCAAAGCAGUUAUGUGAAGGCUCCAACUCUAAUUCAGUUUCGUUUUGGAGCUUGUUUGACCUUCCUAAUAGUGUAGGUAACUAGCAAAAGUCCAGAAUGAUAGCUUUUUUGUUUCUCGGUUAUUUGUUUUGCACCACGCUGAAUCUUAAACCAUUCUUGGUAUGCUCAAAGCAGCUUUCCAGCAGAUACCAGUACUCUGACACAGGACAGGUUAUGCACUCUUCUGCAAACCCACAUAAACAGCCUGAAAGUAUGAACGUUCUGAGGUAUGACACAGGUUUCCAGCAAAUAUAGCAUUCUCUUCACUGAAGUCCAGGAAGUUGUGAGCAUGCUUGCACACAUCCCAUAGCGUCCUCCCAAAUUCCAAAAAGGUCAGCCCAGAAAGUUAAACAAGUUUACACAGGUUUGCUUUCUACCAUUUUGUCUGCUUUCAAGAUUUCUAAAAACUUGGCAGGAAGUGUUAAGCAUGGACAGUAUUGCCAAAGAGCAAGAGGGUCUCUGGAGAACUUGGAACUAAUUAUAGUAGCAUUAUAUACUCCCCAACAACCAGUCCUUUUGAAGUCUAUGCCAUGUAGGGUUUUUCUUCUUAUCAGAUUCCACAUUUUUAAAAAUCAGAUAUGACUUGUAUUUUUAUAUUUUUCUCAACAAUUACUUACACACAAACAGAGCAGAUUAUCAUUAGCUCUUUUCAGAUGUUAUAAGCGCAAGCAGCACUUACAACUGCAAAAGUGAGGAGAACGUUCCACCCCACCACUGUCUUUCAUCACCUCCCACUGGGCACACAUGCUUACGACAUCAUUUGUGUGAAGGGGAAGGCACUGGAUCGAUUGAGGCUGCUGCUCAAGGAGUCAGCAGUUAACACGCUUGCGGCACGUUCCCCUUCAGACAAACAACAUUUUUAAGUGUGUGCACCCAGCAGGAGAAGGUGAGUGGCAGAGGACUUCCUCCCUGCUUUUGCACUUGUAAGUGUGAAUGCUGCUUGCACUUAUGUCUGAAGAGGGCUACUGUUGCAGUGAGGAAGACAUACAUCCUAGUAGUUUUAAUUUGAUCGACCAUCAGAAAAAUCUCAUAUAGUUUUUAUGUUCAUCAUUUAAGAUUAAUGCCAACAGCUUUACAUGUCAAUGUGGCCGUUUCAACAACUUGCCAUUUCAGAGUUGCCCUUUAGGCAUCUACACUGAACAUUCCUGCCCCCAUGAGACAUUUUAAAAAUUAUUCUGGUUUUGUUAAAGCUGUACAUCUCUCGCUCUCUUUUUUAAAAAUGUUGCAGGCGGGGGCUUUUGUGAGUAGUUUCUGCAUUUUUAACCCACCAAUAUUGGGAUGUAAGGGUUCUGCAAUGCUUGCUUGAAGAUAUACCCAUGUUAUUUUUCUAUCUAUAUUCUGUAUGAUAUAUUGCUGCAAAAUGAGAAAGAUGAAAUGUAUACUGCCUGUAUCAAUGUUUUCUGCAAUGCCUAAUUUGUGCCUUGGGAGUUUUAACCACAGUUGCCAUCCUGCCUUGUAGAACUUCUAUUCUUCCUGUUGUCAUCAUGUAUAACUUUACGUAAUCAGGAUAUAUCUAUGAAAUGGAAACAUUGAUGCUAGCUAAACCUCGCUAUCUUUUCUCUUACUUGCAGUAAAAAGUGAUUUAUAAAAUU